AAACUCUACCUGCUUCGUUCACUCUAGCGGCAUCGAAAUGCGUUGAAGGUUGGCGGAAAAUGCAAAAAAUUCUUUCCCGAGGACCACGAGAUCGCUCUUGUUUCUUCAAGCGUUGGUUUCGGCGUCGCUGCGAAGUGAUUGGACCUAAUGCUUGCAUUUCGAUAUAAAAACCAACCGAUACCGUCGUAACCGUAUCACAAUCACUUCAAUCGUCUAGCAAGAACACAGCAGCAGCUAGUACCUUCUAAAAUGGCAUUCAAAUUCGCCGUCUUCGCCGCCAUCGUGGCCGUCGCUAACGCCGUCGCCAUCGGAUACCCAGCCCCGCUGGGUGCUUACCACGCCCCUCUGGGAGCUUACCCAGCUGUGGCCAAGGUUGCCGCUCCUCUAGCUUACCCGGCUGUGGCCAAGGUUGCCGCCCCGAUUGUCGCUAAGGUUGCCGAUGACUACGACCCCAACCCUCAGUACAGCUACAGCUACCACAUUGCCGAUGCUCUGACCGGAGACAACAAGGAACAGCAGGAAUCUCGCUCGGGAGAUGUUGUGACCGGAUCGUACUCUCUGGUUGAGCCCGAUGGCACCCGUCGUGUCGUUGAGUACACCGCCGACCCCGUCAACGGUUUCAACGCCGUCGUCCACCGUGAGCCUCUGGCCGUCAAGGCUGUUGCUCCAGUUGCCAAGAUCGCUGCCCCGCUGGCUUACCCCGCCGUCGCUAAGGUUGCUGCCCCGUACGCUCCAUACGGAUACCCAGGCUACGGCAAGGCCAUCCUUGGUUAAGCUCACCACUUCGUCCCUUAGACAUUAUCGCGAAUCGUUUCUUACGUCCAGUGCCUAAUGCUCGUGCUAUUUCAAGUCAUUAGUUAACG